GGCUCCGCCUGUCUGAGUCCCAGCCGGACUUGUGCCUGGAGUCCAGUCAUCCCCGCCAGGAUUCCAGAGAGAGAGAGAGAGAGAGAGAAAGAGAGAGAGAGAGAGAGAGAGAGAGAGAGAGAGAGAGAGAGAGAGAGAGAGAGAGAGAGAGAGAGNGAGAGAGAGAGAGAGAGAGAGAGAGAGAGAGAGAGAGAGAGAGAGAGAGAGAGAGAGAGAGAUCCAGCCCUCUGCAGUCUGCACAUUUGCCUGGAAGCCUAGGAACCCCGGGGGAGGCAGGAGCCUGAGGGGGCGCACUUCACAUCAUCCUGAGUCUCAAGGUGGGGGACUCUUGGGAGAUGCUCCGAGGCAUGUACCUCACGCGCAAUGGGAACCUACAGAGGCGGCAUACCAUGAAGGAAGCCAAGGACAUGAAGAAUAAGCUGGCUAUCUUCAGGAGGCGGAAUGAAUCUCCGGGGGCCCAGCCAGCCGGCAAGACAGACAAGACAACCAAGUCCUUCAAGCCUACCUCGGAGGAAGCCCUCAAAUGGAGCGAGUCCCUGGAGAAACUGCUGCUUCACAAAUAUGGCUUAGAAGUGUUCCAGGCCUUCCUUCGCACUGAGUUCAGUGAGGAGAACCUGGAGUUCUGGCUAGCUUGCGAGGACUUCAAGAAGGUCAAAUCACAGUCCAAGAUGGCAGCCAAAGCCAAGAAGAUCUUUGCUGAAUUCAUUGCGAUCCAGGCUUGCAAGGAGGUAAACCUGGACUCAUACACACGGGAACACACCAAGGACAACUUGCAGAGUGUCACCCGAGGUUGCUUUGACCUGGCGCAAAAACGCAUCUUUGGUCUCAUGGAAAAGGACUCAUACCCUCGCUUCCUCCGCUCUGACCUCUACCUGGAUCUCAUUAACCAGAAGAAGAUGAGUCCCCCACUCUAAGGACCACUAGUAUCCAGCUCAGUGUUCACACCAAGCGGAGCGGGCUCCCUGCCCACCCGCGUCCCUCCCUUGUGACGGAGGGGGCAAGCAAGCCCCCAGAGGCUGUGUCUCAAGACAGACAGAUGGACAUUUGGAUUCGAGGCCUGGACUGAGAGAGACCCAGGCCCCUACAGGAGUAGGAGGACAGGCUGCAUCAGGUUCUUAAUGCCCUGGUACGAGGGGACCAAGGGCCCUGGCAGGUCAGGGCCCUGGUGGCCAGAUCAGGAGCUGUGGCUCCAUGCUUUGGAGAUCUGGAGACUUCACACUGACCAAGUUCCUUAGAGAACUGGCUGUGUGGGAAGGGGACAGGAGGCCCAGGCCUGGGCUCUAGCCAUCCUGAGGGCUAUUGGGGCUCACAGCUCAGAUCCUCCCCAACUAAAUUUUAUUUAUUUAAACCGUAGUUGGAUGCUUGGCACAUGAACUGUAAUAGGAGACCCUCUCCCUGUUGGUUUCCUUAACUUACAAGUGCAAUAUCUUAACCAAUGCCUUGUUAUCGCCACCUGUAGGGGUGGCCUUCAUCUUACAGUUUCAGGGCAUCUGCUGGUCCCAGGAACCAGUGGUGGCAGCUGGGCCCUCUAGAUUGACAAGGCCUUGGGGGGGUGCUGCAGAAAUCUGGCACCCCCUAGGUGGGUGUCCCUCAAGAAAUCUGGGAAGGCAUAGUGCCCUCUGGCCACAGAGUAACGAGUGCUGGAACAAAUAAACGGCCUGUGUUAUUCUCA